CUUCUUCCUGGUUUCUGGAGAUCUUCUCUCUCUUUCUAGUGCUCGCCGUCACUGUGCUCAGGGGUUUGUGAGUGCAACGAUCGCAGUGCGUGCUUGGGGGCCUACAUCGGGGACUCCUGGGUGCCGUGUGCUUGCUUGGGUCGGGGACUCUUGUUCAUCGGGUUUGGAGUGGGCGUUCGGAGCUCCGGCGAGACGCAACACCGACGAGCACUUCCCCGUUGAGCUUGAUUGGGCUUGGGACUCGUGCCCAUCGGGUUUGGAUUGGGUGUUCAGAGAUCGGAAUAUACGUAACACCGGCGAGAGCUUCCUGGAAACGAUGCCGAGGUGCAAGAAUUUCUCUCGUAGACCGGGCAUGAGGCCGAGAGGAGAGGGAGAGAGCUCUUGUUCUGCAGCACCAUCCUUGGACUUUUCUGACAAAGCUCAGCUCAAGCGAUAUGAGAGAUUGAGUACACGGCAGUUUGGAGACUUGAGGACACUUGAUUAUGCCGUGCUUGAGAGCAUUGGACUUGCAGAGAGAGUCCGACAGUUAUUAUCAGUUGGAGCUUGGGACAAAUUUUUCAGUGUACAGGAGACAGUGUACCGAGAGAUUGUUUUAGAGUUCUUGGCGACUUUUGAUUUUGAUCUGACGCAGCUCACACAGAUCAAUAUGAGCAGCUCGAAAGUGAUUCAGUUUCGAGCUUAUGGAGUCCAGUAUCAGAUGAGCGUCACUGAGUUUUCUAUUGCACUAGGAUUGUAUGAGUUGGAGUUCACACGGACAUUUGAGUACAGUAAUUUAUUUCUAGAGCUUCCAGUGCACAUCACUCCGAGCGAGUACUGGAGAAAGGUCAGCCGAGAGACGGUUUAUAACCCUGCGCGGUCGAAGGCUGCUCAGCUUCGGGAUCCAGCGGUUAGAGUUGUACACGCCCUCCUGAGCAGAUCUUUGUCUGGCCUAGGCGAGAGCUCUGGAGUGGUAUCUACUCGCGAUAUAUUAUUUUUGUGGAGCAUGGUUGAGGGGGUACCGAUCCAUUUAGGGUAUGCGGUGGCCUAUUUAAUCUGGCACCAGGCCCAGGAUCCUCGAGUUGCAGUAUUAUUCUGCGGACCAUAUAUCAUGAGAUUGUUGAGGGGUUUGGGAGUUUUGACUGUGACAGAGGAGAUGCAGAGUGUUGGAGGUUUUGUUUCACUCUCUAUGGAGACUCUCCGUGCCAUGGGGGUAGUGCAGAGACGACAGAAGGACCGGGGCGUAGUCUAUAGAUUGGUUAGAGCUCCAGAGCCGGGCGCAGAGUUAGAGGAGUCCGAGUCAGAGUCCGAGUCAGAGACUCACUCCUCUGGUCAUGCAGAUCAGGCGGCAGCGACUGAGCUGCCAAUUUCCAAUUCUCGACCCUCCCGAGCAUUCAGUUCCAGAGAUAGAUUCAGCGCGCUCGAGAAGGGGGUUGAGGAGUUGAGAUCCGAGCAGCGGGAGACUCGAGCUGAGGUUCGAGCCGAGCUGCAGGAGGUUCGAGCAGAGCUGCGGGAGGUUCGAGCCGAGCUGAGGGAUUUCACACAUGGGGUAGCAGCUCAUUUUGGCCGGCUCGAGUCUUUGAUUCAGCAGUUUUUAUCAUCAUCCCCAUCAUCAUCUCACCGUUCUUCUCCAUUUGCUUCUCCAUCCCCUUUGCGUCAAGAUCCACCCACCAUUGUGGCACCACCACAAGAUCAGCAGCCUUUGCGUCAGGAUCCACCCACCAUUGUGGCACCACCACAAGAUCAGCAGCCUUUGUGUCAGGAUCCACCCACCAUCGUGACACCACCACAAGAUCAGCAGCCAUCAACUGCUUGAUUUUUAUUUUCUUCAUCAUCUUACAUAUUUUGUAUUUUUGUAUUUUGUUUUGUAUUUCAGUUGUACUUAGGCUCUUUUAUUUUUUAUAUGGAUCUGGGCUUCUUUUAUUGUGCUUGUUGAAUAGAGUUCAAUAGGUUUCACGCAAGGCACGUGUAGGAAAGUCCAUGAACUUGAUAUAAUGCCAUUGGGAUUAGGUGUGGAUCGAAAGGAGAUAGUAACUACACAUUGAUCAAUGGCAAGCUUCUUGUGUUUUUGGUUUUAGAGUGGAUAUAUACUUAUGAUUUUGUUGAAGGAUCUUUGAAGAAGGUUGUAAAACAUAAACAAGGUAUGUUUUCGCACCUAAGUCCAUAUGCCAAUGCUUUGCAUUUAUGUGGGAAUUUUGAGCAACCACAAGGUAUUUUAGCAAUGGUUAGAAGUCUGUUUGAUUGCAAUGUUACUAAGAAAGUUCUUAUUAGCAAAUUUGAACUCUUCUAAACUGAAUUAUGUUUAUUAGAUGAACAUAUACUAGAAAGGAAGUAGAUAAGCUAUGCAAUGAAUCAAAACUUGAAAUUUAUAUAAUCCCUUUAGUGGGUUGCCAUAAAAAAAAGAUGGAAAGUUACCUACAUAUCAAGUGGUGAGUAUAAAACUGGCCAUACUAAUCACACAUGGACACUAAGCAUCAUGCUGUUGAGGAAUUUUGAGAAAUUAUAGGAUGUUCAGUUUCUUGUAUUUUUCUGGGUAUGUGUCCUACUUGAUAUGUUUGUUUUACAUGUUAAAGUGGCAAUUUUAUUUCUUGUGUUUAAGUUGAGAAUAAUGCAAAUUAUUGUUCAUUGUCGGAGGAUUCUGUAUAGACAGAAAAAUUUAAGUCUCAGUAGCCUUUUCUUCUAAUGAGGUCCUCAUUAAGUAUGACUUGAUCAGCUAAAGUUUAAGAAUCUGUACAUUGGGUUGGUGUUUAUUCACAUAUUUCUCACUAUAAUGGCAUGCAAUUUUUUAUGGAACUUUUUUUGUCAAAUAAUUACUGUAGAUGUAUAGAAGUUACUGGGGCAUAUGGAUCUCAGAAAACUGACAUAAAUAUAAGUUUGACUGCCAUUGGGCUCCUCCGCACUGCAACUGACUCCAUUGCAAAAGGUUUAGGUCAAAAGACUGCCAAGGGAUCUACUAAGGCAACUGAAACAGGUGUCAGUGAUAUUUUCAAGCAUGCAUUGCCCCAGGGAGUAAUUUAGGCGAUACGGUUGAAGAUGAACAUUCUACUCAUACUACUAACGGGAUUCAUGGAGUGUUGUAUUCUACAUAUUUUGAUAGUACCAAGUUGCUCUUUUCAGUUUUCACUUUCCUUCAGAAGCUUGGAGCUGAUGAGAGACUAGAGGUACGAAACUCAGCUAUUCAAACUCUUUUUCAAACCCUGGGCUGUCAUGGUCAGAAACUCUCCAACAGCAUGUGGGAGGAUUGCCUUUGGGGUUAUGUUUUCCCUAUACUUGAUCAUGUUACACAUCUGGUGAAUAUGAGAAAACAUUGAAGGCAAAUGCUAUACUAGUUACAUAUGUGGCUGUAAAAUAUCGUUCUUUGGCAGGCAGCAACGUCAUCCAAGGAUGAAUGGCAAGGGAAAGAGCUUGGGAGAAAGGGUGGGAAAGCUGUUCAUGUGCUUAUACAUCAUAGGCAUGUCAAGUGCCUGAAUUGAACCUUCUUUACUUGAUUAUUGCUCUAGCAUUGUAUACAUGGUAACUCAUAGCCUGUAAAUAAGGUCAUUGGAAUGAACAUAUCAUUAUUAUUUUUUGCAGCCAUAGUACCGCCCAUAAACAAUGGGAUGAAACACUCGUAUUAGUAUUAAGCGG